GUCUAGCUUAUUGAUACGUUCCAUAAAACUCCACUUGAAUCCAUUUGAUUUUUUUUUACCGACAAAAACCCGUACUCGAAAAUAAAAUAUUUUGAGUACGGGUUUUUCUGGUCCAAAUGUAUCUUGUCAUUACCACGAAUGAUUUUCCUUGGUUAACAAUAAUUGUAGUUUUGCCAAUAGCCGCGGGUUCUUUAAUUUUCUUUCUUCCCCAUAGAGGAAAUAGGGUAAUUAAGUGGUAUACUAUUUGUAUAUGUAUAUUAGAGCUCCUUCUAACAACCUAUGCAUUCUGUUAUCAUUUCCAAUCAGACGAUCCAUUAAUCCAACUAGUGGAGGAUUAUAAAUGGAUCGAUUUUUUUGAUUUCCACUGGCGAUUGGGAAUAGAUGGACUUUCUAUAGGACCCAUUUUACUGACAGGAUUCAUUACUACUUUAGCUACUUUAGCGGCUUGGCCAGUUACUCGGGAUUCUCGAUUAUUCCAUUUCCUGAUGUUAGCAAUGUACAGCGGUCAAAUAGGAUCAUUUUCUUCUCGGGACCUUUUGCUUUUUUUUAUCAUGUGGGAGUUAGAAUUAAUUCCCGUUUAUCUACUUUUAUCCAUGUGGGGAGGAAAAAAGCGUCUCUAUUCAGCUACAAAAUUUAUUUUGUACACUGCGGGGGGUUCCAUUUUUCUCUUAAUGGGAGUUCUGGGUGUCGGUUUAUAUGGUUCUAAUGAACCAACAUUAAAUUUUGAAACAUCGGCUAAUCAAUCGUAUCCUGUGGUAUUGGAAAUAAUAUUCUAUAUUGGGUUUUUUAUUGCGUUUGCUGUCAAAUCACCGAUUAUACCCCUACAUACAUGGUUACCAGAUACCCAUGGAGAAGCACAUUACAGUACCUGUAUGCUUCUAGCUGGAAUCUUAUUAAAAAUGGGAGCAUAUGGAUUGGUUCGGAUCAAUAUGGAAUUAUUACCGCACGCUCAUUCUAUAUUUUCUCCUUGGUUUAUCAUAGUAGGUACAACGCAAAUAAUCUACGCAGCUUCAACAUCCCUUGGCCAACGUAAUUUAAAAAAAAGAAUAGCCUAUUCUUCUGUAUCUCAUAUGGGUUUCAUAAUUAUAGGAAUAGGCUCUAUAACCGAUACGGGACUCAAUGGAGCCAUUUUACAAAUAAUCUCUCAUGGAUUUAUUGGUGCCGCGCUUUUUUUCUUGGCAGGAACGAGUUAUGAUAGAAUACGUCUUGCUUAUCUCGACGAAAUGGGCGGAAUAGCUAUCCUAAUGCCAAAAAUAUUCACAAUGUUCAGUAGCUUUUCGAUGGCUUCUCUUGCAUUACCGGGCAUGAGUGGUUUUGUUGCAGAAUUGAUAGUAUUUUUUGGAAUAAUUACCAGCCAAAAGUCUCUUUUAAUGACAAAAAUACUAAUUACUUUUGUAAUGGCAAUUGGGAUGAUAUUAACUCCUAUUUAUUCAUUAUCUAUGUCACGUCAGAUGUUCUAUGGAUACAAGCUAUUUAAUGCUCCAAACUCUUAUUUUUUUGAUUCUGGACGAUCGUAGGCUCACUCCUCUCGUUCAAGCGCAUACGAGCCAAGUAGUCAACUCGUCAUCCUUAACCUUCAUUGAUCAUAGGCGAAACGAAGUGAGAAUGAUGUGACAUAUGAAUCCUCUUCCAAUACGUGUGAGUCGGAGUAGGUAUCCGUGUAUCUUCUAUCGGGAAGGUCACAACCAGGGAACUUCAGAGAACAGAUAAGCAAGGCGAGUGCCCUCGACGAGAAUUCACACCCUGCUUGCAUUAUCGCUAAUCCAAAUUCUGCCUCCAUUUCUGGAGCAUAGACUAGUCCCCUCCCUGUCAGUCGUCGUCUGCUUGACCUGGUCCCCCUCAUUGGAACCUAACCUAAUUCUGCCAAUUCCUUCCAGCCUUACUCAACUCAAAUAGGGGGUUGGGGCUCGGGUCAUGCGACGGAUGCAAAAGCUGGACUUUUUAAAGCAAAAAAUACAAGAUUUCAUAGAAGAAAAUCAACGUGGCGGAUGAACAGGAAGCUCCUAAGAACCCCAACGAGAAAAUGGGAGUUUUUAAGAGCUCGCUCCCUAGUCACGCUCCGGGCUCAACAUGCUGGGCCGAGGAAGCCUGCGGCUCCCAACAUCUCCCUACCAUCACUACAAUUAAUGCUAUUAAUGCGAUCUCUGGCUUUGUGAGGAAGAUCCCUCCCACUGGAUCAUCAUGACUCCUAUGUUCCGGCUUCCAAAGUCGACCCUAAGGGAAGAAUAAUUUGGAAAAGGGAUAACAAGAAGAACCUAGAAAGGAAAAGUUCCACCGAAAGAAAAAGAGUCAAUGCCGCUCAAAGGAUAAAUGCUGCCGGAAGAAGAGGAAAUAAGACUCGAGUUUCUGGAAAUCUUUCAAGAGGUAAUUCCAUGGGAAGAGAAAAAUGAAGAAAAAGAUCGAAAAGAGAAAAAAAAGAUUCAGAUUGAAUGGAUUUAUCCAGAACCCGCCGCCGUCGCACGAACCCUUUAUGAUUAUGAUGGCCGCCUCUGGGUGGAUUGUGGUGCUCCCAUUCCUUUAGCUUUCGGCUUCAGUAAAAACUCUUCCCCUUCGUUUUUAUAGAUAUUGAGUUUGUAUGGUAACUCAACUUUGAGUGGAAAAACACUGAUUUUCUGUCAAAGAAGCAUGCUUAACACA